UUCACUUCUAUCAGCAGGGCUGAAUCUAAAAUGACUUUGUUUGAUAGCCAAUUAAAUAAGUUAUGGAAAGGUAAGUGAUCCGGAAUCUUGAUCGCAGAUGUCGUUCUCUGAGUUUAUCUAAAUUCAUGUUUCUUGAAAUUAAACAUCGGUAAUUUUUUUAUUCUUUACUUAACGUACCACCUCCAUUGUACUGGAUCAAGUAAAACUUUUAACCAAUCUCUGUCAGAGUCUUUACAGAGGUCAAUACAUUUCCUAAGCUUCACAAUCCUGCAUCUUACAUUAUCCCUGGUUCACAUAAGGAGUUUUAACGGCGAUAAUCGACGCGUGAGAGUGAGCGAUUGAUCAAAUCCUUUUCUAGCUGGUCCACCCACGGAAAUUAGAUACUGGUCAUUCUUAUGGCGGGUCGGGCGAUUGCACCGAACGGAGAAGGGUUGGGUAAACAAAAUUUUUAAUCAGUGAAAGGUUGGGAAAAUGGAAAACAUAGCAACUAAAUUUAUUUUCAUUUCCAAUAUUGGAAACUAAAGAGCAAAGUCAACAGUCAUAUGUUAAAACAAUAUGUGACUCAAUCAGAGGCAAUAUCUUGAUUAUUUUUCAAUUUAACCGGAGCCAUAUUGUGUCGCCAAAGAGAGUUAAUCUACAGAUAGCAUGAAACGUUUGACUGGCAUACGAAAAUUAAUUGUCACUUAUAGGCGUAAUGCACAUUUUAUCAAAAAGUGGUCGACAGCUAUUUACAGAAUGAUCAAUGUUGUUGAUUUAUCUAUAACAACAAUUUGGAUAAAGUCCAAUUUUAAAUAUCAUGAUUAUUUAAUGAUAACUUGCGGCAUUAAUUAAGACCCUGGGGAAGAAGAGGGUAAACGAAUGUAUAAAGAAAUUAGUAUUUUGUAAAUAUAACCUCUGUGAAGUUCAGAUUGGAAAAGGCUAACCACACAUGCGCGCUGACACUGUAGACGCCGUGUUAUGUAAACGGGGAUUCCUUGUUGAACCUUGACUCUUAUGGUAUUGUUCAUCCUCAGGAUCCUGCCUCAGACUCCUCAGUAUACAGUAAUUGGAGAGAAAUCAUAACAUUUUUGUUCGUUGCCGAAUAUUUGCUAUAUACAGUAUAGAGACUGUGAUUUAGAGUAAUAUGUUCAUGGUAUAUCUAACACUAAUUUGCAAGCCAAAAUUGCGCUUUCAUAUUUUGCUACUUUAACUUUCUUAUAGACGGUAAAGUGCCAGUUGAUGAGACAACGAAGGAAAGGAAAGUUUCAACAUACUCAAUAUUACAAUUGUCUGUCAUCGGAGUUUUUGCUGUUUUUGGUCUUCUGUAUUCCAUCUUACUUCUCCAUUUCAACAUCAGUAAACGAAAUCACAAGUAA